AUGGAGCAACCUAUUAAUACCCAAGAGGGUACUACACAGCCCCUGAACGAAACGCCUGUUGUUGGGUCACCCCCCCAGGAUCGUAGAGCAAGUGAUGCCGCACAAGACCGGAGAAUGAGUGAUGAGUGGGAUGCGUCAAAGGUUCCCCCCAGUCGUUUCCAAAAACGCAAGGGAUCCAUUUAUGCUACGCCUGGAUCUCGCGACGGUCAUGUCGAUAGGAACUAUCAGGACAAGUACUGGUCCAAGAUGACCGAGAAGAACUGGGGCAGCGGUAGCAAGUAA